AUGGAGAACCGCGAGCCGAUCCCGGUCGAGCCCAUCCAGGUGGAUAAGCCAGAGAGAAAAGGAAAGGAGCCGGACGAUUUUACUCUCGCGCAGUUCACUUCUGCCAACUUCGGAGAUGGCCGACUCGUCAAGAUGGAUGUGGACUAUGCUCCACAGGUCGAUGAGGCUCUGCCAAAAGCCAGCAACAUUGCCAAGGUAGAUUAAUGUUAUUUUAUAUCUUAGUUUUUGGUUUUUAGAUAGAUUUGGUUAUUGUAAUGACGUUUCAGACAAGUCCUUUGGGUGCCAUCGAAUCCCUGUCGUUGUUGGAAAAACAAACUCGGCUUGGCGCUGAUAUGAGAUCUAAUUCUCGUAUUCUACGACACAUGGUGAAGAUUGCUUUCGAAGCAAAGGAUUGGAAACUUCUCAACGACACAAUUGUCGCCAUGUCCAAGAAGAGGUCUCUGAUCAAGUUCGCCAUCAAGAAUAUGGUCCAAGACUGCUGCGAAUUCGUAGAUCAGGUCCCAACUGAAGAAGAUCGUAACAAAUUGGUGGAUGUUCUCCGAACUGUGACUGCCGGAAAGAUUUAUGUUGAAGUAGAAAGAGCCCGACUGACCAAGAGGGUUGUGAAGAAACUGGAGGCCGAAGGAAAGAUCGAAGAGGCCUGGAAUAACAUGAUCGAACUUCAAGUUGAGACUUUUGGAUCAAUGGAAAUGCCAGAGAAAGUCAGAUUUUUGUUGGAUCAGAUUAGAUUGUCAAUUCAACGGAAUGAUUUUGUCAGAGGAAAUAUUAUUUCCAACAAAAUCAGUGUCAAGUUCUUUGACAGCAAGGCUGAUGAUGUGAGUAAAUUAAUAUUUUUCAUCAUGGGUAAUAUAAAAUUAUUUUUUGUUAUUUUUAGGUACAAGAUCUGAAACUUGAGUUCUAUACCUACAAAAUUGCUAUUGGACUUAAUGAAGGAAACUAUUUGGAUGUCUGCAAGCAUUAUAGAUCUGUUUUUGACACUCCAAAGGUCCAGAAAGAUGAUGAUAAAGUUAAAGAAGUAAGUUAAACUACUUGUCUUAUUUUUCUGCGUGUAGAUCCUGAAGAAUGUCGUUCUCUACGUCUUGCUCUCUCCCCAUGGAAAUGAGCAAUGGGAUCAAGUCCAUCGUAUUCAUGCCAUCAGACAGCUCGAAUUGGUCCCAGAAUAUAAUAAUCUUCUUGAAUUGUUCAUCAAUGAAGAGAUUAUUGCCUGGAAAGAUUCGAUACUCAAGACUUACGAAACAUUGUUGAGAAAGGGAACUGCUACCUCGCCUGCACCCCAGGUGUUCUCCGUUACGGAUGAAGGUGAGAAAAGAUGGAAGACCUUCAAAGAGAGAGUUGGAGAACAUAACAUGAGGAUGAUCGCCAAGUACUAUACCCAGAUCACUUUUGAUAGAAUGGCUGAGAUCCUCGAAUUCCCGGUGGAGGUGAGUUUUAGCCUUGAUGUUUGGGUAAUAGUUAUGGAUAAUAUAAAAAUUUAUUUUUUAGGAAAUGGAAUCGUUCUUGUGUAAUUUAAUUGUGACUGGUGUAAUCCCUGAUGCCAAGAUCCACCGUCCUUCACGAAUUGUGAAUCUCCGAGCCCGUAAAGCGAACGUGGAAACCUUGGACCAAUGGGGAUCAAACGUCCGAAAACUGACCGAUAUCUUGAAUAAGGUCUCUCAUCUGAUACUCAAAGAAGAGAUGGUUCAUAAGCAUCUGGAAGCCGGAAAAUAA